AUGGAGCACGAUAAAGUGUUUGCCUAUUCAUCGAGACAAUUAAAACUAUAUGAACAAAGCUACCCCAAGCACAACCUAGAACUUGCAGCGGCGAUCCAUGUAUUAAAAAUUUGGAGGCAUUAUGUUUACGGAGGUAAAUUUGACAUUUAUACGGACCACAAAAGCCUCAAGUCAAUUAGCUAUGUUGACUAUGCAAGACCAUUAUGGAGAGAAUUUAAGAGAUUGAAUCUCGAGGUUGUCACACAACCAGGUGUGGUCACUCGAGUAGCAGCUCUCUCUAUUCAUCUCAUACUCCAUAACGUUAUUAAAGGACAUCAAAUGGAUGAUCAGUCCUUUGAGUACAUCAAAUCUGAUAUUAACUCAGAAAAGUGGAAUGAUUUCACCAUAGUUAAAGAUGAAGCAUUAUAUUAUCAAGAGUGGAUAUGUCAAGUGAACGCUGAACACCAUCGACCGUCAGGGUUACUUGAACUAUUGGAAGUCGUAGAGUGGAAGUUGGAGCAUGUAACUAUAGACUUCGUGAUUGGAUAUAGUCGUGUAUGUCCAGAAUAUCUGGUGUAUCAGCAAGUGAAGGCUGGACACUAG